AUGCCGAAUAGAACUUACAUAACGGCAGAGGAGAAGACGAUGCCAGGUCACAAACCCAUGAAGGAUAGAUUAACUCUAGCAAUUUGCGCCAAUGCGAGUGGCGACUGUAAAAUCAAGCCUCUGCUAGUAUACCAUUCGGAAAAUCCCAGAGGCUUUAAGUCAUAUAAUAUUUUAAAAGAAAAACUGCCAGUUAUGUGGAGGGCAAAUCCGAAGGCGUGGGUCACCAGGAAAUUCUUUGUGGAGUGGAUAAACCUGGUGUUUGGCCCUUCUGUUAAAAAAUAUCUACAGAAAAACAACCUACCCAUGCAAGCCCUUCUCUUCCUCGACAAUGCCCCUACUCACCCACCAAAUCUCGAAGAUGAUUUACUCGAAGAGUUCAAGUUUAUAAAAGUUCCCUACCUACCACCCAACACCACUCCUAUCCUGCAGCCCAUGGAUCAGCAGGUGAUUUCUAAUUUUAAGAAGUUGUACACCAAGCACAUUUUUCGGCGCUGCUUUGAGGUGACGGAGAACACAAACCUUACCCUUCGAGAGUUCUGGAAAGACCACUUUAACAUCGUGAUAUGCCUAAGAAUUAUUGAUCAGGCCUGGCUGGGUGUUACAACGAGGACCUUAACCUCUGCAUGGAAGAAGCUGUGGCCUGAGGCUGUAGCUGAAAGGGCCUUCGAAGGAUUGGAACCCAAAGUGUCAGUGGUAGAGGAGCUUGUUUCUCUGGGAAAAUCCAUGAGUCUGGAGGUGGAUGAGAGAGAUGUGAACGAACUCGUCGAGGAACAGUCUCAGGAGCUGACAACCGAGGAGUUACACGAUCUACAUUUCACAGCAGCAUACGGUGGUUCAAUGAAAAAUUAG